UUACCAGCCCGCCAGGCGCGGCGAAUUCACUGCGCGUUUCCGACUGCGCGCCCCCGUGUCUCCCAGGCAACGCAGCUAAACAGUAGGUGAGGCGGCGGUGUGACAGAAGCGACCGGCAGAAUGUCAGACACAAGUUUCUGUUCCAUGCUGAGGGCAACAGGCCACGGGGAGGUGUGGUGGCACCUGGAUGACAGCAUGAAGUUCAAGCAGUACGGGUGGCGCAGCGGUACCAGUGAGGAUGCCUACUCAAGUCAAACGCUCAUCGGUAACUGGAAUGAGGAGCACUUCAGUGUCAGCAGUGCCACCCGGAGCAGGCCUAUGCCCUCCCAGUUUGCUCACUACUUCACGACAACCCACACCUCGGACUACGGGACGCAUGCCAGCGCCAUCACCAGCUCCACCGACCUUAAAAAGCAGGUGGGCGCCUUUCCAGGUCACCAACCUCAACUGGACCCGGCCCAAGUGAAGCGGACCCCCAACUCAACUUACCAGUUGGACUACGACAGGAAAGGCCAAGGAGGACACGGCGAGUGACCAGGCUGAGGACCUGGAUGGGCAGCAGGCUCCUCUCUUUGUGUCCAUCACCGCUGAAAGACCACCGCAGGCUGCUGCCCAGUUUAAAGGGGAUGGACACGGCCGAGACCUCAGGCGGCAGGGAGGAUCGACGGGGCAGCUCAGGGGCGCCCCCUGUGGCCGCAGCUCUCUGCUCCUCCUCAUUUUUUUCCUUUUCUUGUUUGUCUUCUCAGAUUUUUUUUUUAUUACGAAAAGAGCAGCAGCGCGAGGUCAACACGCACAAGAAACGUAAAAAUAUCACUUGGGUUACGUCGUCGUAAAUGUACUUCCUUUGACAUCGAGUGGAGGAGACGCAGCGGCAGAUGAUGCUGAAAGAUGAAAGGCCCGACCUCAGGAACUUCCAAAGCUGAACUUUACUGGAGUGGG